AUCAGAGAGGCUGAAUGUCUGCAGGACAUGCUCAUCACUUGUCAAUCCGUGUUCCUUUAUUAAAUCUCAUCUAGAACUUCCUCAUAGAUGCAGAGACCACCAGCCAGUUUCAAACUCAAGGUUUUAUGACAAAAGCCAACAGGAUCGAUGAUUUCAGUCUUGUGAAGCAGGACUGCCUUUCAUGCCAACUUCUUUGUAGCUUGUAGAAGCAUUUAUGCUUAUUUUUCCAUAGUUUACACACCUUUGUUUUUUUUUGUGUGUGUGUGUGUGUCUCCAUCCGCAAAAAAACCAAAGGGAUCACAUCCAGAUCUGCUCAUCUUUUUUUGGUGACUUUCAUCCCUCCAUUUUCAUCCCUCUGCAUUGCUUCUGUUGACUUUUUGCAGCCAUGUGGGAGUUCCGGUCCAUGUCUUUUUGGCGGGCUGUGUUUGCCGAGUUUUACGGCACCAUGUUCUUUGUGUUUUUUGGUCUGGGAGCCGCUCUCCGCUGGACCACCGGGCCACACAAUGUGCUUCAAGUGGCCUUCUGCUUUGGGCUGGCAGCUGCCACGUUCAUCCAAUCCAUCGGCCACAUCAGUGGUGGCCACAUCAACCCGGCGGUCACUUUCGCAUACCUGAUUGGCUCCCAGAUGUCCCUGUUUCGUGCCUUCUUCUACAUCUGUGCUCAGUGCUUGGGUGCAUUGGCUGGCGCCGCUGUGCUUUAUGGGGUCACGCCAACCAAUAUGAGAGGAAAUCUGGCCUUGAAUACGCUUCAGCCUGGCAUCAGUAUGGGAAUGGCCACUACCAUAGAAAUAUUCCUGACCCUGCAGCUUGUGGUUUGUGUGUUCGCUGUGACCGAUGAGAGGAGAAACGGGCGACUGGGGUCUGCUGCCCUGUCCAUUGGCUUUUCUGUGCUAGUGGGACACCUGCUGGGGAUGUAUUACACUGGAGCCGGAAUGAACCCCGCCAGGUCUUUUGCCCCUGCUGUGCUCUAUAGGAACUUCAUUAACCACUGGGUGUAUUGGGUGGGCCCUAUGAUCGGCGCUGCCAUGGGAGCUCUGCUCUACGACUUCAUGCUGUUCCCACGCGUGCGGGGUCUGUCCGAGAGACUGGCUGUGCUCAAGGGAAACAAACCAACAGAGCCUGAAGCCCAGCAGGAGACGCGAGGAGAGCCAAUCGAGCUCAAAACACAAGCCUUAUAAACACUGCCAGGAAACUGUGGAUCCCUGAAGCAACGCAUACGUAUGAUCAUUUUACACACACACACACACUUCCAGAGGCAAAUCAAGACACUGUAACCCCUUCACAAGGACUAUGAAUGAGGGUAAGAAGUACCCGCUCAGGGGCACCUCUGUCAUUUCUAGUCUACUAUGAGUGAACUACACUAGAAGUGGACUUCUGCAUGCUUUCCGGUUUCACAGGCUUUCAAUGAUCUCACAUUCAUUUCACUUUCUUUUUUCCUUUUCUUUGAUUUUUCCAGAGACGUGACACGUGUACUACAUUAUUAGCAUUUUGCAACAGAUUUCUACUUACUGUCGACAUUAUUCAGUUGUGCAUGGUGUGUGUGCGUGGGUGUUUUCCGACAGUUUCCAAGUUUGGCUCUUCCAUUUUCCACAAUUCGCUAUUUGUUUGUAUCAAUGCAAUGUUCUUUUUUUUUCUAUCUCCCAAAAUGAAGGAAACAUUCCUUUGAUCUUUGGUUUAGGUGGAUGUUCAUUCACAACUGAAAGCUCUAUAAAUCCUUUGGGAACUUUGAUCCCUCUUCCGAGUCCGUUUCAAACUGUUGUAUCGUUUAACGGCAGCCCACAGUGGCCCAAGUAUGAAAUUCUUUAUAAGAAACGCAGUCACACCAUCAUUCAUUUAUCUAAAAAAUAAACAAAUAAACACACAAAACACAACUAGUCUAUUGUUAUAGCCCAAAUUUCACCUUUAUACAGACAGAGCGGGAGGUAUUUGUUUACAAUAAUACCGUAAGUGUUGUUUUAACUAUGCGUGAGCUGUCACUGACACACUCAGCUCACUUUACGGAAAAUACAAACACACGUCUUGUGAGUCCAAAAGCUUUGAGCGCAUGUUGAAACCUGUUAGUUACAGACACAACUUAAGAAAGCAGAAGAUAUCUCUGAAUGGGUUGUUGUUUUCUUACAUGUAUAAUAUAUGAUACUGUAAAGCACACAAUAUCACAUAAGCAAGAGUGCCAUUUUCCAUACAAUAUAGAUUUUUAUAUUGGGUUAGCUACUGUACAUUUUAGAGACCAUAUAGUGUUUUUUCCGUUUCACGCAAGAAGCCAGAGAUUUGUGCAUCUCAGAGUAAAACCGCUGUGUUUUGUUCCUGAAUGAAUCUUAUUUUUAAACAAAUGGAACGAGGAAAUGAUUCAAUAAUCCAUUUGCAUCACUUGUUUCCUUUCUAAAUGAAUCUGCAGUUUUGAAUGAAUCAAUUGAAUAAAAGAUUCAGUGAACUUUUUGUCAAUUUCACACUGCCCAAACAAGAAGUUUUUACCCUCAGUAGAGUUUAGUACUUUUAAAAAUAUUCCAAAGUACAUUGUUGUUUUCUCAGACUUAUUUUUUUCGUCUGCAUUUUCUGUGUAGAUUAGCAGGUUUGGCAUCAUUUUGUGUGUAAAUAGCUUAAGUUGUGUUCUGACAUUUAGUCUCAGGCAAAUGAACAUUUCUGUAAAUCACUGUAAAAGAAAUAUGAAGCCUUACUGAUGUGAGCAGAACAGGUUUAAAACAUCAUGGACUUAUUAGUGACUGUUUCUGUUUUUUACAGUAGACUGGUACAGGGAUUAUGUCAAGACCUGAAAGAAUUCUUCACUGUGGAUUUUCCCAUGGAAUAUUUCAAUUUACGAGUAAAAUAAAGACUGUGCUAAUGUAAAA